AUGCAGACAGUGGUACAUUGUGGGAAUGGCUGGGAUGUGAGUUACACUUCUACUGAGAUCUGUGCCGUCAGAGGAUCAACAGUGGACAUUACCUGUACCUACACAUACCCAUCCACAUUUAAUAACCAUGAUACUACAGUUCAGGAAACUCUCUGGUUCAUUCAAGAGAGUAAUGGGAUUCACGUUGAUCUAAGGACUGAUCCGGAGUAUUCAGGUCGUGUGGAGAAUCUCUGUGGAAACAACAAGUGCACUCUGAGAAUCUCUAACCUGAGAGAGAGCGACUCAGCUGUGUACAAGUUCAGGUUCACAACAAACCAACCUGGAGGGAGAUUAACUGGUUCAGCUGGAGUCACUCUGUCUGUCACAGGUGUCCAGGUGCUCAGCACAAAAUUAUCAGAUUGCUUGAUGGGGGACUGUUCAUGGUCAAGUGUGGAGUGUCGAACCAGAUGUCCUCCAACUCCCAGUCUGUCCUACAUCUGGUACAAGAACGGACAAAAGACACCGGGAGAAAAAUCGUAUAGAGACUACUUUUAUUCAAGAGACAGCAUUUCCUGUGCUGUGAGAGGCCAAGAGGAUUUCCCCUCUGCUCCAGUGUACGCUCCAAAGCCUCCCUCUCUGUCAGUGAGUCCCUCUGGUGAGAUCAUGGAGGGCAGCUCAGUGACUCUGACCUGCAGCAGUGAUGCUAACCCAGCAGCUCACUACACCUGGUACAAGGAGGACGAGGACUCACCAACAGCAUCAGGACAAAACUUCACCAUCACUAAUAUCACAGCUGAACAUGGUGGAAAGUAUCAGUGUGAGGCCCAGAACACACACGGACGUAGUAACACCACUUUACAUCUAACUGUUGGAGCAGAGAAGUCAGUGAUAACCAUGAAUAUCAUCUGGUACACUCUGGUGGUCGUGCUGGUUCCAGUGCUGGUCUGGACUCUGUGGACGAGGAUGAAGAAAACUCUGAGCUUGAAAUCAGAAGUGAAUGAAGCUGUGGAGAUGAUAGAGUCACACAACUGUCCUGUGUAUGAGAGCUUCGAUGCUGCAGCACAGACAGAAGACACAGAGGAGCAGGAAGACCUGGUGCACUGUGAUUGGUUGAUGAAAGCAUUGGUUUUGAGUCAGUUUGACUUGGGUGUGAGUUACACUUCUACUGAGAUCUGUGCCUUCAGAGGAUCAACAGUGGACAUUAACUGUACCUACACAUACCCAUCCAGGUUGAAUCGCCUUGAUACUACAGUUCAGGAAACUUUCUGGUUUGUUAAAGAGAGUAAUGGGAUUCAGGUUGAUCUAAGGACUGAUCCGGAGUAUUCAGGUCGUGUGGAGAAUCUCUGUGGAAACAACAAGUGCACUCUGAGAAUCUCUAACCUGAGAGAGAGCGACUCAGCUGUGUACAAGUUCAGGUUCACAACAAACCAACCUAAUGGGAGUUUAACUGGUUCAGCUGGAGUCACUCUGUCUGUCACAGACCCUCAGCUCCAGGUACAUGUGAGGAGAUCAACAGCCAAUCCAUCUUCUACCUGGACAGAGCUGACCUGUCACAGCAGGUGUCAGCUCCCUGAUCAUCUUUCCUACGUUUGGUACAAAAACAAUAAACCUGUUGGACGAAAAAAAUACUUUCACCUCCGACAUUUUAAUGCUGAAGACAACUAUCACUGUGCUAUAGAAGGACAGGAGCGUUUCCCUUCUCCUACAUUGGAUGCUCCAAAGCCUCCCUCUGUGUCAGUGAGUCCCUCUGGUGAGAUCAUGGAGGGCAGCUCAGUGAAUCUGACCUGCAGCAGUGAUGCUAACCCAGCAGCUAAAUACACCUGGUAUAAGAGAAAUGGAGAUAAAAAAGUUCAACCUCCCAGUGAAGAGACACAAUUUGUCCUCAGCUCCAUCCGGUCGUCAGACUCUGGAGAGUAUUACUGCACAGCUGAGAAUGAGCUGGGAAGGAGUUCAGCAAACAUCUUGAUUACUGUGACAUACGCUCCAAAGCCUCCCUCUGUGUCAGUGAGUCUCUCUGGUGAGAUCAUGGAGGGCAGCUCGGUGACUCUGACCUGCAGCAGUGAUGCUAACCCAGCAGCUAAAUACACCUGGUACAAGCAGGACGAGGACUCACCAACAGCAUCAGGACAAAUCUUCACCAUCACUAAUAUCACAGCUGAACAUGGUGGAAAGUAUCAGUGUGAGGCCAAGAACACACACGGACGUAGUAAGGCCACCUUACAUCUGACUGUUGGAGCAGGGAAGUCAGUGAUAAUCAUGAAUAUCAUCAGGCUGACUCUGGUGGUCGUGCUGGUUCCAGUGCUGGUCUGGACUCUGUGGACGAGACCCUCUGCUCCAGACGCUCCAAAGCCUCCCUCUAUGUCAGUGAGUCCCUCUGGUGAGAUCAUGGAGGGCAGCUCGGUGACUCUGACCUGCAGCAGUGAUGCUAACCCAGCAGCUAACUACACCUGGUACAAGGAGGACGAGGACUCGCCAACAGCAUCAGGACAAAACUUCACCAUCACUAAUAUCACAGCUGAACAUGGUGGAAAUUAUCAGUGUGAGGCCCAGAACACACACGGACGUAGUAACACCACCUUACAUCUGACUGUUGGAGCAGAUGUGUCACAGCUGUAUAUCAAGACCAUCAAAUUGCACAUGAACAAUACUGACUGA